AUGACACCUGUUGACAUACUCUUGCCACCCCCUAAGCCACUCCUCGACUGUAUAUCCAUUGUCAUCGUUUCCUUCAUUGCCGUUGUCGACAUCGUCGUCGUCACGACUCGCACCCCGUCGACUGUCAAGAAAUCGGAUAAGGUUGUUGAUUUUAGAAGCACGCUCGGGUUGACCAGAGUAAUGCCCCAACAACCUUCGGAACUUGUCAUCAAUAACCAAGUUGUCACCAAUGAUGCCGUAGUUACGGGGGAAACUAGGAAAGCUUGUGUUGACGAAUGUUUUUUCUUUGUGUCAGCUGCUAACACACCCAACCAAAUAUAUCUACCGGGUUCGAGGGAGGGAAAACGAUUGCGCUACAAGCCGGCAAAGCCGGAGUUGAUCGUUGCUCGAGGUCGUUACUCGAGGUUGAGUGGUCUUCGCGGCGACUGCCGAUGGGUCGUGUAA